AUGGAAGACACAAUCUACCCUAUAAUAAUCGAUAAUGGUACAGAAACAAUUAAGGCUGGCUUUGCUGGUGAAGAAGGACCAAGAUUUGUUAUCCCUUCAGUCGUUAGUUAGAUUAAUGAUUAAUUAGAAUUCGGAAAUGAGGCUUUAAAUCAUAAAUAUGGUCGUUUCAAUCUUCACUAUCCUGUUAAAUAUGGUCUCAUCAAAGAUUGGGAUAGAGUUGAAAAACUUUGGGACUAUAUCUUCAGCAGUUAACUAAGGCUUGAUCCACAAGAAUACAAAGUGGUCUUAACCGAAGCUGGAUUGACUCCAAAAGAAGAUAGAGAAAAAAUGGCUCAAAUUAUGUUUGAAAAAUUCAAUGUUGAGGGUCUCUAUAUUGGUAAUCAAGGUCUUUUAUCGCUUUAUUUUAAUGGUUACUAAACAGGUAUUGUUUGUAAUUCUGGUGCUAGUGUCACUCACACAAUUCCAAUAAAAGACGGUCUUGUUAUUUAACCAGCAGUGGGUAGAGUAGAACUAGGUGGUACUGAUCUAACUAAAUAUUUUGCUAAGAGAUUAGCAGAAAAAGGCUUCGCUUUCUCAUCACCAGCUGAAUUGGAUAUUGUAAAAUAAAUGAAAGAGAGUCACUGCACCGUUGCUUAAGACUUUGAAGCUGAAUUUUCAAAAACUGAGGACAUUGCUUAUUAAUUACCAGAUGGAUAGGCCAUCCGAGUCGGUAAUGAAAGAUUACAAUGCGCAGAAGCCCUCUUCAAGCCUCAAGAACUCCUUGGAAGAGAGCUCGAUUCAAUCUAAGAUAUGAUCAUAAAAUCUAUAGAUGGAUGUGAUGAAGAUCUCAAAUCAAGUCUUUAUGGCACUGUAGUUUUAUCAGGGGGCAACACAAUGUUUGGAGGUAUUAGAGAAAGACUCUAGCAAGAGCUUGAUAGUAAAGCUAGCGGUGUAAAGGUUAUUGCUAAUGAUAAUAGAAGAUUUGAGGCCUUCUUGGGAGCAUCAACUGUUUGUUAAUUAAGUAUGAUGGAAGCAAUGUGGGUUAGCUAAGAAGAGUACAAGGAACAUGGACUCUCUAUCGUUCAUACAAAAUGCCCAUAAUGA